AUGGCGGACGAUAUCUCACGAAAUGGUGACCGCAUCGACAUCGAGGUCGAGAAGGAGAGGAGCGAGAACCUCGAACAUGUCGCCGAGCUGCAGAAUACUGUCCCGCACAUCGACCCUGCUCGUCGAAUCGUCGUCGAGAAGAGCCUGAAGCGUAAACUCGAUGCUCGCUGCAGUUUGUUCAUUCUCAUCUACAUCAUGAACUACCUGGAUCGCAACAAUAUCUCCGCUGCCCGAUUGAAGGGUCUGCAGACUGAUCUGGCAAUGACCGAUACCCAGUACUCGACUUGUCUGAGUAUUCUGUACGUCGGAUACAUUCUCAUGCAGGUGCCCUCCAACAUGUUCAUCAACCGCAUCUCCCGCCCAUCAAUCUACAUCUCCGUCGCCAUGACCCUAUGGGGUCUGAUCUCCACCUGCUCCGGCCUGGCACAGAACUUCAAGCACAUGGUCGUCAUCCGUUUCCUGCUGGGUUUCGUCGAGGCCGCCUUCCUGCCCGGCGCCCUGCUCAUCCUGUCAAAAUGGUACACCCGCAAGGAACUGACCACCCGCAACGCCCUCCUCUUCUGCGGUAACCUGAUCUCCAACGCUUUCUCCUCGCUCGUCGCCGCCGGCGUCCUGUCUAACAUGCAGGGCGUCCUCGGCCACGCCGCCUGGCGCUGGCUCUUCUGGAUCGAGGGCGCCAUCACAAUGACCAUCGCCAUCUCCGCCGGCUUCAUUCUCCCCGAUCUCCCCACCAACGCCCGUGGUUUCACCGAGGAAGAGCGCCUCGUCGCUCAACUCCGUAUCCUCGAGGACGUCGGCGAGGCCGACACAGAUGACAACGAGGAGAGCCCCUUCUCCGGCCUCAUCAUGGCCCUCAAGGACGUCAAGAUCUACGUCAUGAUGCUCUCCUUCACAGCCUACGUCGUCGGACUCUCCUUCAACGCCUUCUUCCCUACCCUAACCGGCACCCUGGGCUUCUCCUACGUCCCCACCCUGCUCAUGAGCGCUCCCCCAUGGGCCUUCUCCUGCAUCUUCUCCGUCCUAAACGCCUGGCACGCCGACCGCACCCAAGAAAAGAUCUGGCACAUCUACGGCCCAAUCUUCAUGGGCCUAGUCGGCUUCAUAAUCAGCAUGUCCACGCUAAACGUAGCAGCCCGCUACCUCGCCCUCUUCCUCCAAGCAGGCUCCUACGCAGGCUUCAUCGUCUUCUACUCCUGGAUCAGCUCGUCGUUCCCGCGGCCCCCCGCAAAGCGCGCCGUCGCCCUCGCCCUCAUCAACGCCUUCAGCCAGCUCGGCAAUGUCGCAGGCUCCUACGUCUGGGACCUGAAAGAUAACGGCUACCGCAAGAGCUACGGUAUCGUGACUGCCAUGUUCGGUAUUACGAUUGUCGGCUUCUGGGGCUUCAGGAUGAUUCUGGUUGAUCUUAAUAAGAAGAUGGAGAAGAGCGAGGCUGAGUGGGAUGCUGGUCAUCCCGAUGCGACUGGUGGCGACUUUAUUGAGAGUGCCGAUGAGUCUUUGCGUAUGCGUAAGGGCUUUAGGUACUUGGUUUAG